GUUAGAAUUCAUUAGGAUAAGCUAAUGAGGUUAUUCCAGCGAGGGCAAGCGCGGGGUCCUGCAGCCGGGGAGGAGCAACCCCAAAUACCGGCACUGGGCACAGCCAUGGUGUCGGGCAAGCAGCUGGCAGACUUUGGCUACAAGGCCUUCUCGGGCUCCAUGAUGCUGCUGACACUGUACGCGGGGUACCUGUGCACUGUCCGUGUCCAGAGGAUGCUCCAGCACCGCCGGGAGCGGGAGGAGAACACGCCUGGGCCCCAGAGCUGAGCCUGGGCUGGUGCUGGCACUGGGCCUGGCAGCUGGGAACAGCCUGGCACCAGGUCUGGGAGCUGGGACCAGCCUGGCACCGGGUCUGGGAGCUGGGACCAGCUUGGGACCGGGUCUAGCAGCUGGGACCAGCCUGGGACCGGCCCCAUGCCCAGCCCUGGAAGCUGAGCUGGGACUGGGACCGGCCC